AUGAAAAUUACAGUCGAUGUUGAACUCCAGGAGAUGGAGUUAGCGAGGGGCUCACGUGUACAACAAGCUUUAGAGUGCAUUAACCCCAAUGUUUAUAUUCGCAUGGUUACUGACAAAAUUUCUCUUUCAGCUCGCAUUAAGGAAGCUAUGGCAGAUAAAAAAUAUGAGCAGAUCACAGCUGAAAUUUUCGAACGCCUCAGUUUCACUCCUGUGUUUGAUGACUGUCUUGACAUUUUGUGCUCCGAUGUUUUUUUUAGUACACAGCGUUUCGAAGACGGAAAUUCCCUUCAACCUUUUAUUGCGGUUAUAUGCCGACUUCCAGAUCCUGCGAAGGAAAAGGUGAAAAACGAACUAUCUCAACGAAUAAUGAGCUUCCUUUCAAAACCCCAGAGACUGGAUUGCAGCAGGCGGCCUCUCUUACCCUAUGCAGAGACACUGGCGGCUAUGACAAAAUCCGAACUUUUGAGUCUUCGUAGCGUUGUGAUGACGAUUGUGCAGAUGAUCCGCCUGGAUGUUACUCGCACCGCCGGCAUAACUUGCCUUGGAAAGUUGGUGGAGGUCGCGUAUGAACCCCUUAGACAAUGCGAUUCGCAAACACUUGAGCUUCUUCGCACGACUGUGGCUACUGCACAGCGGGACGAUUCGUUCUUGUAUGAUGUAGAGUAUAUUAUGGAUGCAUUCGGAUGGUCACAAAACAAACCAGUACUUAGCAUGGUUCGGUCUAGUGCUCACCAUUCCCAUCUUAUUCUUUCCUUGGCAUAUUGUGGCGGCACGAACUAUCGGGAGGCGGUUGUCACCUCCUCGGUGGAUGGGACCAUCGGCACGUGGGAUCGAACCGGGACUCUCACUGAGAACAUUGUUCUCGCCAGACAUUAUGCUGCGUCGCUUGACCUUGCUAAUCGCGGCCGUACUCUGAUUGUUGGCAUGGUAUGCGCUAAUCCUAGCAUUCCACCGGCAGUAGUGUUGUAUAGCGAGGAGGGAAGCUCUCGGGAGUCCCACUGGGAGGAGAGCGGUGCAGUGGAGCCGAAAAGUGCCCGCUUUAUUACUUGUGUUCGGAGCCUUCGCAAUGCGGGGACCGUCCGUUUUGGUGUCGGCGUCAGCACUCCAACCUCCAACCCGUUGCUUCUGUAUGAUCGAACGCAGUUGGUGCAGGAGUAUCACGAUCAUUCCGAUAUCCUUACUGCCAUGCAUGUCCCUUCCGAUCGUGACACGACGAUUAUCACCGGUUCUCGUGAUCGCUCGAUUAUCAUUUACGAUGUCCGCACUCGUCAAAGCGUGUCAAGUGUGACGCACCACUACAGCUCUGUUUCUGCAAUCGGUACUUGCGGGGAUUACAUCUUCACCGGUGGGCUUGAUCGCCGCAUCGUAUUUGAUGACAUGCGCAUGUUAGGCCACCCUCUCGUGCGGGACAUGGAUAGUGCAGUGCUUAGCCUCUCCAUCAACAAUUCUAUGCAGUGUGCGGUGUCGACGUUGACGGGUAUAUAUCUUAUUUCCUUUUCAAAUGGGGGUCAUAUCCCGGCCACUUCUCGCGCUGAUAAUGGACCAAACGCAACUUCUUAUCACGCGAUUUCAUGGAAUAGUACAGGAAAUGUUCUGUAUGCGGCCGGUGAGAGCAUGUCUUUAGAUAUCUUUGCGCGAGCGUACACGGAUGGGGAUGCCUUUGAGGGAACUUAA